ACAAAUGGACACGGCCAAAAAUUGCGAUAAAAGUUCAUCUCAGUUACAAGCAGCUAGAUUAGAUUCUCAGCUGCAUGAUUCUCAGCAGCCCGGAGGUCAUUUCAAGGAUUCUUUUUCAGCUGUCAGUUCCAAACCAAACAAGAAUUUGCCUUUUGAGUGCAAUUUAUUGGAAAAACCAACGUUUCAUAAGUCAGCAGAGCUGUCAUUGCGGUGCUCGGUAGAUCAACUUACACAUCUUUCUGACAACACAUUAAAACCGUUAACUCUAUGCUUAUCAACGUCCACAGGCCGUAGGACUUCGAGAAGAGUUGCGGUAAAGUCGAAUAGUUAUACUAGAUUUUAUGAAAGUUUCAAAUAUGUAUGCCAUUUUUGUAAAAUGAGCUUUAAUACAUUUUCUGAACUGGAAAUUCAUGGCACAACUGUUAACGAUGGAGGUAGUGACAAAAUGUGCCCAUGGACAGAAAAUAAUAGAGCAUUUUGUUUAAAGGCGCUGGUCCGCUGUUUUUACUGCAAUGAAUUAAACACUUGUGAGGCUCUUAGGCAGCAUUGCAGUGAUAGGCAUUCUACAAAGCAGUUCGUUUGUAUUGACUUUUGGGAUUCCUUCAAAUGUGGAUUGUGUUUGUACCGUAAUGGAUCCGGAAGUGAAAAAGAUUUUUGGCUACAUUUCAAAAACUUCCAUGUCAAAUUAUGGAACAAAUAUACAUGCUACGGGUACAUAGAUCAGUUGUUUUUGGAUUGGGCAUUGAAUCUUGGAAGGAACGAGCAGUCGAGUGGUAGUCAACCAGAAUUAAAAGCAAUUCGGUUCAUAUGCAAUUACUGUAACGAGUCUGAUACGAGCGAAGUUUCGAUAGGAUCGCACGUAGCAAGGCACUGGCUUAAGUUUAACUGCGUUUGGUGUCAGAAAGUUUUUAAAUAUUUAAAACAUUUAUACUACCAUGCGAUUGCAAUUCAUCGUAUGGAUGAUUUGGAGAUAGGUCUUACAUUUUCGAACGAAUACGAUAAACACUUGCUUGAUGUUUUAAUGGUCUUCGAGAAUGGUUUGAUUUUAUCGAAACGACAAGUCCAACAUACCACGAUGGCUACUCUAGAACAUUUAAAAUCAGGAUUUCAAAGUUAUUACAAUGAGCAAGUCAAAUCUACCGAUUCUUAUAAGGAAACAUUAUUGAUGCCAAUAUUCACCAGUAGGAAAUCUGAAGUCAGUACAGCCGAAACGUGCAAAACAUUCAUUCAAAAUCAAUUGCUUCAUCUAGAAAUUGUUCUCGAACGUGUUAGCAACGAUCAUUUAGAAGGAAAAGAAAACUAGGAUUUUAUUACGGAAUUCUUUAUGCUU